AUGGAAUCAGAUGAGGAAAACAAAGUAACACGAUGUUUUUGGGCUGACUCAAUCUCAAGACGAGCUUACAGCUUUUAUGGGGAUGUAGUUAUUUUUGAUACUACAUACAACACAAAUCGGUAUGGAAUGAUUUUUGCACCAUUCACUGGUGUUAAUAAUCAUGGACAGACUAUCAUAUUUGCUUGUGCAUUUUUGAAUGACGAGACAGCAGAUUCUUUUGUUUGGUUAUUCAAAGAAUUUCUAAAUGCUAUGCCUGGAAAUGCCUCGGAAAAUGCCCCCACAAUGAUCAUUACCGACCAAGAUCCUGCUAUGACUAAAGCCAUUUCAGAAGCACUUCCACAGACAUUUCAUAGAUAUUGCAGUUGGCACAUUCUCAAUAAAUUUUCAGAGAAGCUAGAUGCGGUUAAAUAUCGAAAUUACUACCAAGACUUUCAUAGCUGCAUAUGGAAUUCAAAUAGUGGAGAUGAGUUUGACUCGAGAUGGACUGAAAUUGUUGAGAAGAGUGGAUUGAGUGAUAACAAGUGGUUGGAGUCGAUAUACGAGAUUCGUUCAUCAUGGAUACUAGCACAUGUAAAUAAUCAUUGUUUCUCAGCUGGAAUGUCAAGUAGUCAAAGAGCAAAGAGUCAGCAUUCUUUCUUCAAGAAUUAUGUUUCUCAGUCGAAUUCUUUGGUGGAAUUUAUGGUUCAGUUUAAGAGGGGACUUCUUCACCAACGCCACUAUGAGUUAGAGGAGGAUCAUAUUAAUAUUGAAGAGAAGGCAAAAACUGUCAUGUCCCUUGAAAUAGAAGAUCAUAUGGCCAAGGUUUACACACACAAGUUAUUUUAUGAAGUUCAAGAACAGUUGAAAGAGAGCUUCAAAUAUAAAUUAGAACUUCUAAGAGAAAAUGAGACUCCUUGUGUGUGCAAAGCAGUGAGAAAGAACAUUGAUACUUGCAAGUCUCGUGAACUCACUUAUGAAAAAGAUUCUGAUUUUGUAUCAUGUAGCUGUAGAAAGUGGGAGAGUGAAGGGCUUCCAUGUCGACAUGUUUUGUCAUAUUUGAUUAAGAUUCAAGAUGUUGAUAAAUUGCCUAUUCAGUACAUCUUGAAGAGAUGGACUAAGAAAGCAAGGCAGAGUCUUGUGUUAGAUUCUGAUGGAGGAGAGAUAACAGAUACCGAAACUUUACUUGCAAGGAGGACUAAAUUGUUCCAGCAUGCUACAGAUGCAAUUGAUAAGGCAAUCGUUAGUGAUGAGGCUAGCCAACUCCUAAUGGAUUCGUUGGAUGCUUUCUUGGAGAAUUUUAAAUCACUAAAUAUUGGUAAUGAAAGUGGACAGAGCACAGUAGUUUUAGAGACCGAGACUGUUACUAUUCAGCAUGUUUUUAAUGAACCAGAUCAAGUUAGAGAAAAAGGGUGUGGGAGAAGGUUGAAGAAAGGAAGAGAGAAGAGGAAAGUUAAGGCAAAGGAUAGUCAAGAAUUUUUUGAUUGA